ACCAAUAGGCGUCUCGACACACCCACAGACAGACACCAGUCUCUCAUAAAGAGCGGACGAUCUCUCUUUAUCACAAACCUCAGUAUUUAUUCUUCACAUUCAUCCGAUUCAUCUGAAGGAUUCGGUUCUUCCGUUUUAUUUUUAAUAGAUAUUUAAUACUAAAUACAUUAACGCAACGCGACCAAAGGCAGGCUACAGAGCAUGUCGCUUGAAGAUUAUUUUAAUAUUUUUUAGUGUCGUGUUUUUUGCACGGUGAUUAAAAAUCCUGAAUGCAAAUUUCCAUGGAAAUUAAUUUGCGUAAAAUCCGCUGAUCAGAACGUCACGCAUCACGCACCAUCAUCAUCAUCAUCAUCAUCAUCAUCAUCCAGCAGGAAACCCGGCGGAGGACAUAAGCAGUUCCCCCGGCUGAAGGAUGGAGCAGCUCAGUCAGUGGCUCUGGAAGCAGGAGUACUGGCUUCCUCCGGGAGUCAGCUGGGAGGACAUGGAGAAGAUGGAGGGCUCUCGGCGUCCUCUCCCGCGGGAUCUGCUCCUGGCUCUGCCUCUAGCUCUGGGAUUCAUCAUGCUUCGUUAUGCUUUUGAGAGAUGUGUGGCGUUUCCUCUCAGCAGAGUUUUAGGAGUGAAAGAUCGAGUUUGUUUGAAAGUCACUCCUGUCCCAAAUUUGGAGGCGUUUUACACUAAAAAACACAAAAAAACAGACACAUUUUACAAUUUAAGUGAGAUCACCAGCCUGGUUAACCAGUGCAACCUGACUCAUAGACAAGUUGAGACCUGGUUUCGUAACCAAACAAACAAAGACACACCAACAAACAAUAAGAACUUCUGUUUCCCCAGCUGGAGGUUUGUGUUCUACCUGCUUGCUUUCACCGCGGGAUUCGCGUCUUUAAUUAACACGCCCUGGUUCUGGGAUCAGAGAGAGUGCUGGAGAGGCUUUCCUCAACAGCCGGUUCAGGACGUUCAUUACUGGUACUACAUGCUUGAGCUGGGCUUCUACUGGUCUCUGCUGCUCUGUGUGUCUGUGGACGUCAAGAGAAAAGAUUUCAAAGAACAGAUCGUGCAUCACUUCGCCACCAUCUUCUUGCUGGGUUUCUCGUACUGCUCCAACUACAUUCGGAUCGGGACCCUGGUGAUGCUCGUCCACGACUCGUCUGACUUCCUGCUGGAGUCUGCCAAGAUGUUCAACUAUGCCGGCUGGAAGAAAACUUGCGAUUCAUUGUUUGUGAUUUUUGCUGCUGUAUUCCUGGUUACACGGCUUCUCUUGUUUCCCAGCAAGAUCAUCUACACCUCUCUUGUUUUGUCUAUGGAAAUGUUUGAGCCCUUUGUGGGAUAUUAUUUCUUUAAUGCGCUGCUGCUGGUGCUGCAGGCGCUGCACAUCUACUGGGCGUAUCUCAUCCUCAGAAUGAUCUACAAGUUUCUCUUCUUAGGGAAAUUGGACAGAGACGAGCGCAGCGACGUUGAAAGUGAAGCAGAGGAGGAAGAGAAUGAGGAAGAGGAAGAGAAGGAGGAAGAACAGUCUUCCUGGAGGAAGAGGAAGGUGGUUCUGGACUCCAGGCUGGCGAUGCUCAGCUCCAGCUGUGUUUUAAAUAACCUGACUAAUCAGAAAGCCAACGCGAACAGAAGACUGCCGAAAGCCAGAUAGCAGCACUGUGUUACACGCUGAGAGCCUCAGAGCAUCGCUGCACAAACACACACAGAGCACACAUCACUCUCAUUCACACAGGGAGGCGGAGGCAGAUCAAUGCAUUUCUUAUGAAUUUCUCUUUAUUUAGUUGCACCUCAUAUUGCUACUAAAAGAGUAGAAUUGAAUGGAAAUAAAAAAUACUUGCUGAUGUGUGCAUUUAGUUCAUGACAGAGCAGCAGAGCAAAUCCAUAUCAGUAAUGUUCAGUCUGUAAUUAAUAGACUAUAAAUCACUUUUAACUGGAAAUACACUGUAUUUAUUUUGCACUUUUAUGAUGAAAAAUACUGAGGUCUGUUUGAAAAGAAUAAUUUGUUUUGUAUAUAUAAAAAAAACAUUAUGGACGUCACUGUUGAAUGUGUUUUAAUAUAUUCUGGUAGAAUACAUGAAUAUACUGUGAUAUA